CUCAGUCGUCGUCGUCAUCGUCGCUCUGGCGUUACGCACAUUUCCUGUAGCUGUUGUCAUUCUAAUCAGUUUAAUCUGUGUACAACUGCCCAGAAGUUGUAAAUUCUUUUCUAACUCAAGCGAAAAGCGUGUGAACUUGGAUAAAAUGUCAGUUAGCUUUGUGCCAAUCCCAGAGGGUAGCGAUUUUCCCUUGGAAAACCUGCCAUAUGCUGUCUUCUCAAAAAAAUCAAAGCCCGACAAACAUCGUCUGUGCGUUGCCAUUGGCGACUAUGUGUUGGAUCUGAAAGAAGUGGCGCAGUACUAUGCACCCGAACAUCAGGCUGCACUGCAAUCGCACAACUUGAACUUGCUGAUGAGCUUGGGCCAUGAAGCUUGGGAUGCAGUCAGGACACGAACCCAAGAACUCCUCACCAAAGGCUCUGUCGUAGAUGUGAAUGAUUUGCGAACUGUUUGCUUGAUUCCUCAAUCGGAGAUUUUGUUGCACCUUCCAGCUGAGAUUGGGGACUACACCGACUUUUACUCCUCCAUUCAUCAUGCCACCAAUGUGGGCAUCAUGUUCCGUGGUGCAGACAACGCACUGAUGCCCAACUGGCGUCACCUGCCAGUGGGUUAUCAUGGACGCGCCAGCUCUGUGGUUGUCUCCGGCACUCCCAUACGUCGUCCACUGGGACAAACGUUGCCCGAGGGCGCCGAGAAGCCGGUGUUUGGUGCUUGCAGGCUGCUGGACUUUGAGCUGGAGAUGGCCUUCUUUAUUGGUGGACCAGGCAAUCAGUUGGGUGAGCCCAUCAAGGUAGACGAUGCCUGGAAGAAUGUCUUUGGCUUCUCGCUGAUGAACGACUGGAGUGCUCGUGAUAUACAGAAGUGGGAGUAUGUGCCUUUGGGUCCAUUCACAGCCAAGAAUCUUGGCACAACCAUCUCACCCUGGGUGGUGACAACGGCGGCGUUGAAACCAUUCUUGCUGGACAACUUUCCACAGGAACCGGAAGUGCUGCCAUAUCUGCGUCAGACUUUGCCCUUCAACUUUGACAUUAAUCUCGAAGUGUCGCUGAAACCUGCCGAUGACAACGAGACGCUGAUCAGCAAGUCCAACUUCAAGCACUUGUACUGGACUCCACUCCAACAGAUUGCUCACCACACGAUCACAGGCUGCAAUCUGCGUCCCGGUGACUUAAUGGCUUCGGGCACCAUUAGUGGAGAGACUCCAGAUUCGUAUGGUUCGCUGCUGGAGCUUUGCUGGCGCGGCACCAAAACCGUUGAACUUCAGAACGGCAAAACACGCAAAUUCCUGCAGGACUACGAUGAAGUCAUCAUUCGUGGUCACUGCGAGAAGAACGGACUGCGCAUUGGCUUCGGCACCUGUGCUGGCCAAGUGCUGCCCGCUCACCCAGUGGAUUAAUAGUGAUUUGUCAAGAAAACAAAAACAAA